GCGUGGAGGUGAUGAACAGCUGUCCUAUCUGUCCCCUGCCCUACGCUGUACGAAUCAUGAAUACUCUUUGUAUUAGGCGCUCGAUAUAUUUGAUCAACCAGACACCUUUCUUCAUUAGUCUAUCAGAAUUGCCCAAGACCGACGGGGUUUUCAUUGCCUCUCAGGACAGGCAACUCUCCGGAAGAGGAAGAUGAGUUAGAACAAAGAUGAGUUAGAACAUUCAUUAUCGAAUGGAUUGAUGUUUUAUGCCGUAUCUUCGAGAUUGGUGACUAUUAUCGAUGGGUAUGUUGAAGCUUCUAAUUUCAUUUACGUUUUCUGGCAAACUGUUCAUUCGUAAAGUAAACUCGCUCGACGAGGUGAAGCAGGAGACGCUCGCUUGGGUGUAUCAGCUUGUGUUGUCGAGCUGUCUUUAUGAACGAGAUUAAUGACCUCCGAUCCUAUUAGGACCAUAUCUCUCCGCCUUGUCCACAGUAGACGUUUAUAUCAAUCGCAACCUCUGAGAUAGAUACCUUUAACGUCAUAUCCUACUCCCCGUUCUUCACAUUACAUUUCGGACACAUGAUGGUAGAUGUUUAGUCGGGCUUGGUGUUGUGGUAACGUACUUAGCUAAUGGCAUGAGGGAUAAAUAUAAAUUUCUUCAGGUGCUGAGGGAUCUGAGGGUGUUAUGCCAGGCGCCAACGUCGUAUCUGAGAGUGAAAAUAAGAAGUGGGCAUUGCUUAACUGGAGACCGAAGAAGGUCGAAGAGGAGGAUGGUGGAAUGUCUGGCAAUGAAGAGAUGGGCAUGACUGUAUUCUUGCUCAAGUUUGGUGAAGGCAUGGAGGAAGUCCCCGUUUCUCGACUAUAUAUUUCUGCCCUUACUAUCGGCCUCUCUUACUUCAUUGGCAGUGUUGGAGGAGGAGGCCUUAUCCCCCUCAUUCCUUACAUGGAAAUAAACAUUAAAAUUAUCAUUCGGCCGGCAGCGGGGCUCACCGCCGGCAAGCGGACCACUACCUACGUACUAGCUAUGCUCCAUAGUAAAAGGCCAUAUACUACAAGUCCAUAUGCAUGACUUUCGACCUUGA